AUGGUGGCAGCAAAUUGGUCCGGCGCGGCGGCAAUUAUUUUUAUCACACUUUCGCUUUAUUUGGAAGAAGUUGAAACAAAUGAAUAUACAAUCUAUAAAGAAGUGUUUACCGGUCAUAGCAGCCAAUUCCGACCAACCGAUACCUCAAACCAGGCAACGGCCGUCCUGCUAACACCACUGUACCUAAUUUUGUUAUCGAUCGACAUGCUAGAGGAGCAUAUCACCUUUAGCUCUGACUUUGCGGUAUCCUGGAUCGAUCCAACCAUUUCUUGGAGCGGUCAGCCCAGCGCGAUCAAAGUUCCCGAACUGAAAGUGUGGAUUCCGGAUGUGUCCGUGUUUACGGCGUUAGUUCGAAUUCUU